GUGAUGAUCGGAGUUAUUUCGUCAUAGUGUUCUAUGAGCCUGCCAAGAAGAGCAAGGUGGAGCGUGCCUUCAAGUCCGUGGGCGCAGCAUUGGCGGACUACGAACAGGUCGUGGUUGAUCCUGAUUCCAAGAUGGAGCAGGAGGAGAAGUUCAUGUUCGCACAUGGGGCUGGCGAUCCCGGUGAAUGUAUUCUGGGCGAGUACGAAUACCAAGUGGUGCCGAAAGGAAGUCCGGAGUACGACUCUUCUGUCUCCAAGUUGUCCGCUUUGUACUUGUGCAGCAGUUGGCUCAGUGGCACAUGCGCGGCAAAGGGCCCCGCGCGGUCUGUGCCCAGGAUGCGAGCUGCAGCGGGCGUUCUGGCUUUUGCGGGCCCUUCACAGGCCUUCUACUUGCCAGGCGUUGCCCCCAUCGAAUAUGCGGAUGGGGGACGCGUGGAGUUGAAGGUGAACAAGCUCACGUCUGUCAAGACGCAGCUGCCAUAUGGCUACUACACGCUGCCGUUCUGCAAGCCAGACAGCGUCGUAGAAAGCGUGGAGAACUUGGGUGAGAUUCUGGCUGGAGACCUCAUCGAAAACUCGCCCUUCGACUUAAGGAUGGGUGAGAACGAGAAGUGUAAAAUGCUCUGCAAAAAGCCUCUAGAAGCUGCAGACAAGGACAAAUUCCGAUCACGUAUCGAUGAUGAGUAUCUAGUGAACUUCAUCGUGGACAAUCUCCCGGCCGCCACGAAGUAUGUUCGCAAAAGUGAUGGCGGAGAAUUUACGCACAAGCACGAGAGAUACCGAUGUGACUGGGUGGCGAAGUUUGCAGCUACACAAGAUGCAUGGCACCAGACGGAGGUUGCAGUGCCGGAUGAGCAUGGCAUCGCGCUGGCAGAGCCGAUUUUCGGGCCUAGGACUGACAGCGAUGGACUGGACGCAGCUUCGGACGCCCACCGAGAUGACGAGAUGCCAGAAGAUCCGGAGAAGGAGUCUCUGCGGGACGAGGAUUCACGCUGGCUCGGUGCAGACUUCUCCGCAGCACCUGGGCAGAAGUCGCAUCGAGAACCAGAAAACAGCCUGGACCAGAUGCGAAAGACCGUUGCAGCCGCGAAGUUGUCCAAGAACGGCUCACGCGAGAGUGAGCACAGCUCGCGAAUCAUCUGGAAGCAGACGAACCAGUCCACCUGGAGUUACCUGCAAGCAGUCAGCCGCGUGAUCUUGCGCCAGCGGGUUUUCGAUGCUUUGUGUGGAUCGAUCAUCAUCCUGAACGCUGCCUUCAUCGGUGCCCAGGUGGAGUAUGAAGCCGUGAACCCUGGAGAACCAGAGCUGGGCUGGUGGCUGGCAGGGCAAGCCUUCUUUUGCUUUGCUUAUGUCACCGAGCUCACUUUGCGAGUCGUUGGACAAGGCAAGAACUUCUUCGGCUCCUCGGACCGGAUCUUCUGCCAAUUUGUUGAUGCUGAUACAGAGAAUGCGCGGUGGAACGUUUUUGACAUUUUUGUGACGUUGACCUCCGUCGUGGAUCUGUUGUUUUCGUUUCUCCUAUCGGGCAGCGAGACUGGUGCCCUUGCUGCCGCGCGAAUGCUGCGGAUGAUCCGAGUGGCGAAGAUAAUUCGAGUUGUUCGCUAUCUUCGCUAUAUGCGGAACAUGAUCUUCACCUUGUUGCACACUCUCUCCUCUUUGGCAUGGAGUCUGGCACUGAUGGCUAUGAUCAUGUAUCUCUUUGCUGUUGCGAUUACCGAAGCGACGACUGCGUAUAGAGUGCAUCAUGGUCAGGAUUCGGAGUCCGUCAGGAAGCUCCUGAGGUUCUGGGGCCACAUCUCCAGUUCCAUGUACACAUUGCUGCUGUCCAUCACCAGCGGGAUCAGCUGGGUGGAGCCUGCCUCUGCGCUCAGCCAGCUGCACUUUGUGUAUCCUCCGCUCUUUGUGCUAUAUAUUUGUUUUAUGUAUUUCGCUAUGAUGAAU